AUGCAUCUCCCAACCCUCCUCCUCACCUCCCUCCUCACAAGCACAACCCUUGCGGUCCCCACAGCCCUCAAACGCUCCAACUACACCCACCAAGACCCGGACCACGACCACCCCAGUGAGAACAGCGACAUCAACGCCCUCCUCCCCCCAAUCGUCCCGGUGAACCCGCGCUCCGGCAACAAAGACCUCAUCACCUCGCUCCUCCUGGCCCCAACCCAAGCCGACCGCGCCGCCCUCCUCACCCAACCGGGCGACUACAUCUUCGACUUCAACGAGUCCAACGCCCCAGGGGGGUCCGAGUCGAAAGGAAAAGGCGGAUUCUCCGUCGCCGCCCACAGCAAGACCUUCCCAGCGCUUAUCGGGAACGGCGCCGCAAUGACGCUGGGCUUUCUCGGGCCGUGCGGGAUGAACACACCGCAUGUCCACAACCGCGCGACAGAGCUAAAUGUCGUCGUCAAGGGCCGUCUCGUCACAAACUUCAUCCUGGAGAACGGGGCCCGUCCGGUCGAGAACACGCUGGAUCUGUACCAGAUGGCUGUGUUUCCUCAGGGCGCGAUCCACCAGGAAUUCAACCCGGAUUGCGGGGAGACGGUGUUUGUUGCUGGCUUCAACGAUGCUGAUCCUGGUGUUAGCCAGGUUGCGCAGAAUCUGUUUGGGUUAAGGGGCGAUGUGGUGCAGGCGACGCUGGGCGGCAUCCAGACGUUUAACGGGCAGGAUAUCGAGAGCUUCCGCGAGAUGAUUCCGGCGAAUGUGGCGCUGGGGAUUGAGGCCUGUUUGGAUCGGUGUGGGCUUGCGAGGAAUGCGAAGAGGAGUUUGGAGGAGUUGGUGGACUGA